AUGAUGAUCAUUCAUGAUAGUUUUCCGGAAUUAUUAUCGUUUUUUAAAUUGGAUUACGUCAUAUUCUUGGCAUGAAAUUAGUUUUGUAAAUCAGCAGGUUUGUAAAUAUGUGGCAAAUAAUUAUUUUUACCCGAUUUCCAGACGAUUUGGACCCUAAACCAGCUGGAUCCUGAAUGUCCACAUCCACCGAAUUAUCGUCACCCUUAAAGCCAAACCCGUUCGUCCGUCUCGACCGGAUUGAAUUAAUUGUUCCCGGGGGACGAUCAACUCCAGGGGAAAAUUCUCCGCCCCCCGUGGCCACCAUGGCGACCACGACGAAAUGUUUCAUCUGCGCUAAUCCAACGGACGACAAGAAAACAAAUAAUUCAACCCAAAAAGAACAAGCCGUUCUGCUGAAAACCUUUGUGAAGAGUGCGAGCCCGGAGAUAAGCGAGGAAAAUUCGACGAAAAAAAAUGAGGGGGAGGCGACGACGACGACCUGCCCGGCCUGCGACGUGGCGAUGACGACCGUGUGGAACUUGCACCGACAAAUGGUCGCCGUACUGAAGCAGAUCGACGAUGUCGUCAAGUUGGUGAGAGAUACGAUGCCGAUGCUGAAAAAGGCCGUGAAGAAGGAGGAGGAGGAAAAAGCUGCUUGUCGUUCGGAGGCUCCUUCCGUCCCAUUCUUGGCGAUGGAGCAGUUCACCAAGGUCAAAGUUAUCAAGAGCGACGAAAUCGUCGGCGCAGCAGUAGUAGCAGCAACCUCGACCUCACCCGCGCCCACCCGGGACAUCGACGCGAUCCCAAUUCUCACCAAUUUUACAAAAUUGAUCGCCUCGACUGGCCCGAGAUAUGAUAUUAACGGACAAAAAAGUGUGACUACUUGCGAACCUGGAAGGACUUGGACGGGUGGGCUCGUCGAGGACUCGACAAUGCAGCCGAUUUACAAAUACAAGUGGACCGUGCGACCCCGCCACGUGUUUUCGGGCCGGGUAAACACCGCCACCACCAGCAUGCCGCCGCACCUCGAAGCUAACUCGAAAGAAACGCAGACUGGCGGAGAUCUCAAUGUUGGCCGGAAAUCCACCGUCCCGCCAAAAAAACGGCCAAAUUCUCAAAACGACGAGACCGCCACCAGUCUGAGCGUCCCUCCCGUCAAAAAAGGAAAGGAAAUUCGUGACGCCGAGAAAACAAUGGACCUUUCGGUGAAGAAAACUCCUGCGAUCAAGAAGAAAGUCAAGUGUUCCACGUGUUCUAAAACCUUCCAGUCGCCCGGGUUUUUGAAACGGCACAUCAACGCCCAAACUUGUCGAAAACGGAACAAGCGAAAAUCCACAGACCGCAAGACUUCGACAUCUUCUUCAUCAUCCGAAGAUGAAGGUGCGGCGACCCGGCUCGCGGCGCGCGUCAGUCGCCCCCGCCGCUCCGCGACCGACCCGACUUGGACAAUUACGCUGUCGAAACAUCCCUUCGCCUGUCCGCACGCGUCGUGCGGGCAAAGUUUUCUGCGCGAAGAUCAUCUCGCCGAGCACGUGGCGGUUUGUGACAUUCGCAUCUGCCAGUUUUGCGACGAACCCUUCCCCCGCGACCAACUGGAGCGCCACAUCCGCGAACAUAUCGUGGUCUGUGGUCUGUGCAACAUGGGAUUUCACGACCAGGCCGGGUUGGACUUGCACGUGGGCGUCAUGCACCCAAACGUGGCCGGAGAUCCGGUCGAGAUGGAAUUUGCGGAUGCGAUGUUGCGAUUUCUUUAAUUAUUAAGCUGAGAUUGUUCUGUGUGAGUUGACGUACAGCUUUGUAACUUUGCAAGGUUUACAAAAUUAUGAUGGAACAAGAACAAGUUGUAAAAGUUUGCAAGUGUGCAAAGUUGCAAAAAUUGUGCGAAGAGAUGUCAAUAAUUUUUUACAAUUUUUCUGUUACUUUGUACUAAUGUUUGAUGUGAGGGAUAAAUGACUUAGCGCAAAGCUUUGUAACUUUGUUAGGUUUGUAGAGUUUACAAAAUUAUGAGGGAGCAAGAAUUUGUAAUGGUUUGGAAAUUUGCAAAGUUACAAAGUUCGUUGUGAAACGAUUUCAAUUAAGUUUUUGCGAUGUUAUGAUUUCUACUUAUUUAAAAGUUUGUAGUUAAAUAUUUUUGUUUGUGAGGGAUGAAUGACUUGGCGCAAAGCUUUGUAACUUUGUUAGGUUUGUAAAGGUUACAAAGUUAUGAUGGAAGAAGGAAUUGUAAUAGUUUGGAAAAUUUGCAAAGUUACAAAUUUGGCGUGAUAGAUAUCAACUAAUUUUUUGCAAUGUUACCAUUUCUUUAAGUUUGGACUUGUUUUCUUGUAUAAGUUAUGAAUGACUUAUCCUAUAGCUAUGUAACUUUGUUAGAUUUGUGAAGUUUACAAAAUUGUAAGAGUUUGUAAAAGUUUGGAAUUUUGCAAAGUUACAAAAACUGGCGUGAUAUGAUAUGUAUUGAUUUUUUGAUUGCUAAAUAUGGAAAAUUACUUAUAACCCAAAGUUUUGUAACUUGUUAGGUUUGUAGAGUUUACAAAAUUAUGAAUUAACAACAACGUGCAUUAGUCUGGAAAUCUGCGUAAUUACAAAGAUCUGCGUGAAGUGAUAUGUAUUAAUUUUAAAAUUAUAGAUAUAACAAUUUCGCAAACGGUUUAGUUCUAAUUGGUGUAGACGUAUGUCGUAAAACUGAUUUUCCUACAUAGGUUAAAUAUUACUUACGCAAAGCUGUGUAAUUUUGUAAGACAUACAAUACGUUGUACUUAUAACAAUUUAUGCAAAUGGUUGAACAUCUAAUUUAUAUAAAUCAUGAACGUGUUUUAAUUUUGUGUAAGUUUGCAAAGCUACAAAGUUGGCGUGAGUAAGUAGAACUUGUUUAACUUUUUAAUUAGACGGAACAAUUUUGUAAACUAUUUAAUUGUUAUUUUCUCCUUUUCGUAAAGUGGAUUUUCCGAUUUGUUUUGUUCUCUGCAUUUGAAUGUACUUCAAAGAAUUUUAUAUUUAAAAAUGUUGCCAAUAAUAUUCUAAUGAACUAGAUUGUUACAAAAUACAUAAAUGUUACCUCGAUGUAAAAUACAUUAGCAAUUUUAGACAAUUUAAUAACAUUUCUUAAUUGGAGGAAAAUGUGUUUAAACAAUUUUGAAAAAUUGCUAAUCCUCCGUUACAAAGGUUCAGGUGAAUAUGUUUUUGUUGAUUUAUUUAAACACACAUAAAAUAUUACAUUUUGUUGGUCCUAUUAUAUAAUUUUUAACAGGAGAAGUCUGACCUUAUCGUAAGCAAUGUAUUUCACUGACGUAUUUAUUUAAAUGCGUAUGAAAUUUUGAAAUAAAUAAUUUUAAUUGCCAUGUGAUUAAA